AUGACAGGAAAGAGGUUGGGGAAACUUAGGGAGAGGUACAGUGUACCCCAUAACAUAGAAAUGUUAGUCCCCGAGCCGAACGAGCGGGCCUGUUAUCCGAGGCCCGGCUGCGUGGCCGUGAGUGAAUACCUGUUCAAGCAGAUAGUAGUACGAGAUAAAUUCAAGAAGAGGGAGUACCCAGCUCCGGACAUGGCCUCUAUCUUGAAGGCCACAUCUACUGCAAAGGCGAGGCCCUUGAAGCCUGGGUCCAGUGGGGCAAAGGAAGUCCGGGGCAGGAGGCCGGAGAAGCCUAAGGAGCCUCGGGGAAAGGAGAAAGUCCCUAAGGAGACUAAGAAGAGGAAGCUGGUGCACAUCUCCAGCUCAGCUGGCAAGUUUGGGACCUCAGUGUCCCUUAGGGCCGAACAGACCGAAGAGUCGAAGCUUCUUGCUGCAGCCUCCAAAGCCAUCAAACUGGAGAUGGUAAGAGAGGUAGAGGCCGAAGAGGCUAGAGAAGAGGCUGCAAGGCGAGCUGCAGAAGCCGCCGAAGAGGAGGCAGCGAAAGAGAAGCCGGUUCGGGAGAAGGGGAAGUCUCCAAACUUCCUAGCUGGGAGGGAGGAGGAGCUGGCCCCAUCUUUGGUGAAGGCUCUCCCUGAGGAAAUCAGAAGUGCCACUGAGAGCUUUUACAAGUUCUGGACAGAGAGGUGGCAGCUGCAUGCCUCGUCUUGUGAUGUCACCGACCUGACAAGGGCACUGGUGAGCCAAAGCGCCCAGACCUUUGGCCUCGCGCUCGAAUGCAGGGAGGCCUUGAGCGAAUUCCAGACAAGGACCCACGCCUCGGAGGGGAAAGCUGCCUCCCUUGCAGAGGAAGUUAAAGCUGCUAAGGCCGAGGCCGAAGAAGCCAAAUCCCAAAAAGUUGAAGAGGCGGCGAAGCUGGAGUCUGCUUUGGCCCAAAUUGAGGCCCUGAAGAAGGAAGUGUAUGAGUCACAGUGCGAGGUGACUGCUGAGGCUCUUGAGAAGGCGAAUCUCUCCUUGGCCGGUGCUCGAGAUGCUUAUCAGUUUCUUGAAGGCCAGGCGAAGUGGUACAUGAACGAUUCCUCUGUUGCCAGAGAAGAGGCCCGAACUGCAAGGGAAGAGGCGGUGAAGGAAUACAUCGCCAAUUUCCACACUACAGAGGAGUAUAAGAGCUUCAGCUCCUACUGGAGGAACUUCGCCUAUGCCGAAGUGCUGGAGAGGGCAGAGGAGCUAUAUCCCAAUUUGGACCUGGCUCAACUUAGGUCCGAAUUUGUGGAUGAGGUACCUCAGACCCCAGCUGAGGAGGUCCAGGGUGAUGAAGAAGUUGAUGCCGAAGCCCCUAGGGCUGAGGCAGAGAAAACAACUACUGAUGCCCAGGUUGCCGAAGCCCCCAGUACCGAGGCGCCUCCGUCAUCUAGCCAGGCAUAG